GUGACAUGCCAGCUCCAACUCUCCCACAUUCGUUACGCGAAACGCAGGACAUAAGCUACGACCAAGAAAAGAUAUAACAUUCCCGCCAAGUACAGAGUUGGAAGAGUUGGAAAAAUAUCUUGUAUAUCCAGGAUUAUUACUUGCAUUCAGUUUUCCUCGUUCAGAAUGACUGGGCAUAAGAGGACACAGCGCGCAAGCGACGUCGAAUACAAGAGCAACGAUGCCUCCUUCCACAAUUCGGGGCAAACUGUGGGACGCCGACAGAGAAUUUAGUUGGAAUAAAAAGUGAAUGGAGCGAGCAGGCUUGGAUGGAUGCAAUGGGUGACCCCGAGCAAAUGCAUCAAGAAUGGAUAUAGCGGAGGCGAGUUUUCCUGCGCUCAACUCCUCCGCGAACAGCACGAACGCGCCCAAACUUCCGCCGCACUCGCGCUGCGCGGCCGCUUUCAUCAUCCUGGUGGUCACAGUGAUCAUUUUGGUCACCAUCGUAGGGAAUGUGCUUGUGGUGGUGGCCGUCUUCACGAGCCGCGCUCUGCGCGCACCUCAGAACCUCUUUCUGGUGUCACUAGCGUCGGCGGACAUUCUGGUAGCCACACUGGUCAUCCCGUUCUCUCUGGCCAACGAGGUGAUGGGUUACUGGUACUUCGGUAGCACGUGGUGCGCGCUCUACUUGGCGCUCGACGUGCUCUUUUGCACCUCGUCCAUCGUGCACCUGUGCGCUAUCAGCCUUGACCGCUACUGGUCGGUAACGAGCGCCGUGAGCUACAACCUGAAGCGCACGCCACGCCGCGUCAAGACUAUGAUCGCCGCUGUGUGGAUCAUCUCAGCUGUGAUCUCGUUCCCACCGCUUGUCAUGACCAAACAUGACGAGCUCGAGUGCCUGCUGAACAACGACACUUGGUACAUCUUGUCCUCGUGCGCCGUGUCCUUUUUCGCACCGGGCCUCAUCAUGGUGUCCGUGUACUGCAAGAUCUACAGAGUGGCUAAACAAAGGGCCGCCACCGUGUUUGUGGCCAAACCCAGCAUGGCGCGCCAGCCCUCACUCUCUGAGACGGGUUUUGUUCGCAAAGGAAAGUCCGAACCGACUAGUCCGAGUGUGUGCGGCUCUAAAGAGCAAAACCAAGGCGAGCUGGACGCCAUCGAUCUGGAAGAGAGCUGCGUCUCCAAUGCGCACUCGGCCAGAGGCGGCAAAGUGGAAGUCGCGUGUGUGUGCGCACGUUCCAAGCUGGACGCGCGCGCGUCAGAAGUGUGUGACGAUGAACCUGUGAAUCGUGUACGGCAGAGCUCUCUGUCCAAAGCCAAACUGGCUCAGAUGCGUGAGAAACGCUUUACUUUCGUGUUGGCUGUGGUUAUGGGUGUCUUUGUGCUCUGCUGGUUCCCGUUUUUCUUUACUUACAGCCUUCAUGCCGUGUGCAGAGAGAGCUGCACGAUACCUGACACGCUGUUCAACCUUUUUUUCUGGAUCGGCUACUGCAACAGCUCAGUGAACCCAAUCAUUUACACCAUAUUUAACCGGGACUUUCGGAGAGCGUUUAAAAAGAUCAUGUGCCACAACCCACUGAGAGCCUGAAUGUAAAUAAUUUUUUAUUGGUGAACCAUUUUACUUGCUGCCCCAACAUAUAGUGAAUGGAAGUUUGUGUGUGUGUGUGUGUGUGUGUGUGUGUGUGUGUGUGUGUGUGUGUGUGUGUGUGUGUGUGUGUGUGUGCAUAUUAUAAGAAACGUUCUAUUCUCUCAUGUUUACAUGUCUAGAUAGGGAUGCUGAGAUUUCACCUUUAUAAAAUGAUCCACGGUGACGGAUUAACAUCUACAAUGUUAAUGUAAGAGAGGAACUGGACACAAAUGAUUUGCAUUUUGCUGUGAAUGUAGCUGUAGGAGGGUCUGAGAAUUCCAAAGAAAGAUCCAGAAACAAUGCAUUACCAGUAACUGCAACAAAUCAUUAAUCCAAUCAUGUUUAAAUUGAAAAAAAAAAUGGGAUGCAUGUUGGUUGAAAUCUACUUCAAAUCUACUUUACGCCAGCUUUGUUCUUCACUUCCCUUUGAAUACAUCGGUCUUGUUAAAGCAAAAAAUUUUAUGGAAAUAAUAUAUGCAGAUGCAUUGGAUGUAUUUUUGGCGGAUGGAGGAUCUCAUGUCACCUUACUGAGCUCUAAAUGCAAAAGCAACUUUAAUGGACUGAAUUUAACUGAAAUGCUCUUUAUUCUUGUGAGUAAACAAAACUGACUCUAUACCUCCGAUACUUUUGCACUUAAUAAGCUAGAUCCAAUUCAGUUUGGAAAAUGUUUGUCGAAUAUGUCACGUUUGUCGGGAUUAGUGGGUGUAAACGACUCGUGUGUUAUAGUUUAUGUAAAUAAAAUGGCUGGAAACAAAUAUUUCUCGUUCAUUAGACAUAACAACUACAACCAGAUUUAUUAAGACCAAAUGCCAAAAAACAAGGUGCACACUGUGAACUUUAAAUUGUGUGUGUGUGUGUGUGUGU